AUGCUAUCUAUCAAAUCCCUUCUGAAUCCUCAGCCUGAAAGGCGAUCUCCGUAUCCAUUCCCUGCCCGCGAGAAGCGGCAGAAGAUGGCCAAGGACGCCCCAAUUUUCCGUCGUGGCAAGAUCCAAGGCGAGUGUCGCUACCCUCCUUGCGAGGAAAGAGACGCAGAGCUUGAGAAGGCUCACAGAGAGCUCUCAUUACGCCCCCUAGGCAAUAUUGCCGACUAUCCUCGUCAGAUCCCGUAUGCCAGCGACAAGAAAACCUUCCAAGAAAAGACAGGCCGAGAUAGUUUCCAUGUCUUUCAAUACACAUUCCGGAUACCUGGCGAAGAAAAGGAAUGGCAUGUUAUGUGGGACUAUAAUAUCGGUAUCACCACCCCAGCCAAGAUGCUUAACCAGAACCCCGGCCUCCGCGAUAUCUGUCACAGCAUCACCGGCGGGGCACUUUCCGCUCAAGGAUACUGGAUGCCCUACGAAGCCGCCAGAGCUAUGGCAACGACCUUCUGCUGGAGAAUCCGAUACGCCCUGACCCCACUGUUUGGCACAGAUUUCCCAGCCAUGUGCAUCCCCCCAACGGACCGCAAAUCUCACGGCCGCAUGGUCAUCCCAUCAGAGAUUGUGCAGCGUGCCACCGACACCUCCAACUACUAUCGCUCUUUGGAGACGAAGUCCAGCAAUGCAGCCAGCUCCCCCGCAGUCAACAAGCCCUCCUCAACCCAUACUCUUCUCAACGGUAUAGGAUUAUUGGGCCGAAAAGACUCCUUGACACUGCCCCCGCUCAAGAUCCCGCGUACCCAAUACGCAGAGAGCAACCCCAGUGCCCGGGACUCCUCUAUGGAACCUUACUUUAUGUCACCCAAGAGCCAGUCGCCAAUGUCUACCUUCACGCCUAUCAACCCCCCGCGCAGUUUGAAUUCUAUGCCUCGCUCGCGCAUCGAAUCACCUCGCACUAUUCUCCGUGCUCUCUCAGAUGCUAUGCGCCCAGAGAAUGUUCCUGGGGGUAUCAGUGAAGACAGUGACACCGACAGCGAUGGCUCGUCGAACAUGUAUUCCACUCCAAACUGUCCUUCUGUGGAUGGAAAUAUGGAAACUGACAAGCUCGGUCUCGACGAGCCCAACGAUGCGCCAGAGGUGCCUGCUAUGCAAAGCGACUUUGAUGACCUAACUGACUCGGAUGAUGAUUGGCAAAUGGAUGAUGCUGACGAUGAGGACUAUCGUGGACCUCCUCUCAAAAGGACUCUCGGCGGAGCUUCGUCUAUCAAGGACAGUUCUACAAGUCCCGCAUCUCAGACUAAGAAGUAUCCUAGUCGGAAAUCUCGAGCUGCGUGUCCUCAAUCAUCGCCUCACUUCACCCGUGAGGUCAAAGCUGCUGAAGCUCUUCUUCGUCUACAUAUGAAUGAGCUUGAAAGCGCGACCGAAAUGGAUGAUGACGGAAUGACCUCACCUUCUGGAUCUCGCUCUCUUGAUGGUGACGAAUCUCGUAGUCGUAAGCGACGUCGUGCUUCGCUUUGA